AGCCAUAGACAUUCAAAUCAAAUCGGAACAAAUACAACUUUAGCUCCACAGCACACCAACAGCAGAAAGCACACGGAACACGAAAAGCUCACAGCGAAAGCUUGCGUCAACGCCUCGUCUACGCGUACUGAAACCGUUAGCCGAAAGCCUUUUCAUUCAGUCACUCGCAACAUACGCUGCAUCGAGUGAGGGUGUUGGAAAAUCGUCGGGCGGAGAAAUCGAAUAACUUGGCGCUGAGCAAAUCCACAACAACAACGACAACAAGGAACAAGGCUAGCCAAGAAAGUCCAACGACGGCUCUUAAACUACCGAAAAGUUCGCGAUUUGUUCUACGAAAGUCCCUCAGAAGCAACGCAUAUAUCUCGUAUACAUCACAAUGUUAUUUAUGUGUCACCAAAUGGCCAUGAAGAAGGAGGCCCAGGAGAAGCUCAAAGCAGAGGAGCUCCGAAAGGCUCAAGCCGCUUCUGAAAUCCCCAUUAUCUGGAUAUUGGGCGGUCCCGGCUGCGGCAAAGGCACUCAGUGUGCUAAGAUUGUGGAGAAAUACGGAUUCACACAUCUGAGCAGCGGCGACUUGUUGCGCAAUGAGGUGGCUUCAGGAUCGGACAAGGGUCGUCAACUGCAGGAAGUCAUGAGCAGGGGCGGCUUGGUGUCCAACGACGAGGUCCUUUCGCUGCUGAACGAUGCUAUCAGCCGGGCCAAGGGUAGCUCGAAGGGCUUUCUCAUCGAUGGAUAUCCGCGUGAGAAGAACCAGGGCGUUGCCUUUGAGGAGCGUAUUGGUCCCGCCGAUCUGGCCUUGUACUUCGAUUGCUCUGAAGACACCAUGCUGAAGCGUAUAAUGGCGCGUGCCGCUGCAGCUGCUGUGAAAAGGGCCGAUGACAAUGAACAAACCAUUAGGACGCGUCUGCAGACUUUCAAGCUGAAUACAAGCGCCAUUCUGGAGCUAUACGGAGACAAAACCCUGACGAUCAAUGCCGAGCGUGAUGUUGAUGACAUCUUCCAGGAGGUUGUCCAGGCCAUCGACUGUGUGCUCAAGAAGAAGGCGAAAUCAGCCGUUCAGUGCUAGUGGGGAGCACUCUUAUUAAGAAACAGUACCAAAGUUAGCAAUACAGCCAAAAAUUUAUACGCACUUUUUAACGCUAAACUCAAAGAAAUCUCACAAAUCUGCAACAGUGAAAGCGAGGCACCAAAUUUAUUAGUUUUUAAAUGAAUGUCAUGUUAUCCCAUUAAUCGCAUGCGAGAAAUGGUUGAUCUAAUGCUCUAAAUAAAUUUACACAUUAAUUCAAGAUUUAGUCCAUGAUUUACAUGCGAUGCGGAAAAUGAUAGUUUCAAAAUGAAUUUACCUUUUAAUUCAUUAUUCCAGAAUCACAAUUCUUAAUCGAAAUGCUAGUACAUAUUUUUGUUAAAUUAAUGAGCGAAAUGCAAAUAUACCUUUACACGAAUGUUAGUCGCUUUCCGUGAGCUAGCCUCUGAUUAAAUAUUUAUAAGCCUUAACUGAAAGCACCAAGGGCACAGGUUGUUCGAAAGGAAAACAUUCGAAACAAAUUCGCCUUGAAUGCGAGUGUGAGAGCCACGUGCUUAAAUGAUACAAAUUAAAAAGUACAACUUCAUUCUACACCAACUAAACCAGUUUUAGUUUCUAAAUGUUGUGGGAGAGAAACGAAACAAAUUGUACUGCAAGAUUUAUUAAUUACAAGAGUGCCAUAAAGUACUUAAAACGA